AUGCCAAGUUUAGGUAAUGCAAUAUUAUGGAUUACCUUAAGUCCAAUAUCUGAAUAAAUAGGAUUUUUAUAUAAUUAAAAUUAAUUAAUAGUCAAUAUGUCUUCUUUAGUAUUUAUGCUUUUAUAUAUAUUUGUGAAUUUUCCAUCAAACUAUGUUCUUGGUUUAAAUUGUAAAAAUGGAGUCCUUUUAGGCGCAGCUUUUACGAUAAUAGGAUCAUGGAUAAGAGUUCUAGUAAAUAAGAGUUUUUGGUAUGUUAUUCUAGGUUAAAUAUUAGGCGCAAUUGGUUAACCUUUUAUAUUAAAUGCUCCUGCGAAAAUAGCUACUGAAUGGUUUAUACCAAAAUAAAGACCAGCUGCUAUAGCUGCUUUAGCUUUAAUAAAUAUGGUAGGAAUAGGAAUAGGUUUUUUGAUUCCUAGUAUAUUUGUUGAAAAUACUAAAGAUAUGUAAAUAGGAAAAAAUUAAGUAUAUAAUUUAAUGUUUUGGGAAGCUAUAAUUAUUAGUGCAGGAUGUGCGCCUAUAUUUAUUUUAUUUAAGAACAAACCAAAAACACCUCCUAGUCAUUCUGCUAACACUGAAAAAAUGAGUUUUAAAUAAAGUAUUCCAGUAGUAUUUGCAAAUAAAGAUUAUAUAAUUUUACUUAUAGCAUUUGGAUGUGUUUUAGGAAAUUUUUCGGCUAUUUCUACUUUAAUGAAUUAUUAUUUAAUACCAUAUAAUUUAAAUAAUUAAUAAAUUUCUUUUUGUGGUGCUACUUUUAUUGUUUCAGGUUUAAUUGGUUCCACUAUCUUUAGCAUUAUAAUAGAAAAAACUGGAAAAUAUAAAAAAAUAUUAAUAUUUUCUAGUUUUUUUGCUAUGUUAAGUUAAGGUUUAUAAAUUGGAAUGAUUUUAACUUAUAAUAUAUGGUAUAUAUUAUUAGGUAUAUUUUUUUUUGGUUUUUUCGCAAUUCCUUUAAUUCCUCUUUCUAUGGAUUUCGCUUGCGAGCUAACUUUUCCUGUGUGUGAAGCUUUUUCUUCUGGUUUAAUUUAUGCUUGUGGGUAGUUUGUGGGAUUAGUUCUUAUUUUAAUAUCCGACUUAGUUUUUGAUUUGAAAAAUAAAACUCAAGUUAUUUAUUCUAAUUGUAUUGGAAUGGGAUUUAUGGUUCUUAGUGUAUUAUUUUAUUGUAUUAUUGGUGAAAAUUUAUUAAGGAAAACAGAAGAAAAUAAAAAUUAAUUAAAAUAUAUAAAUAAUAGUAAUUCUGAACUAUUAAUUUCAUGA